UUUAAAUAGUUAUUGAUCUGAUUCCUUAAAUAAUUUGAGGUCUAUUGAGGCAAAAACUUCAGUCCAACACCAAAUAAGAGAGACGAAUAGAGUUUUGAAAAGAUGGAGAACAAUAAUGAUCAUGCUAGAAGUAGAAGGAAACAGGGAGGGCUCGUCACAAUGCCCUUCAUCUUUGCUAAUGAGAUUUGUGAGAAGUUGGCUGUGGUGGGUUUCAGUACAAACAUGAUUAGCUACUUGACAACACAGCUUCAUAUGCCAUUAACCAAAGCUGCUAACACUCUCACUAACUUUGGUGGAACUGCAAGCUUGACACCAUUGCUUGGUGCCUUCAUUUCUGAUUCUUAUGCUGGAAAGUUUUGGACUAUCACCAUGGCUUCUGUUUUAUAUCAGAUAGGGAUGGUUAGUUUGACAAUAUCAGCAGUACUGCCACAGUUAAGACCACCUCCUUGUAGAGGUGAAGAGGUAUGCAAGCAAGCUACUGACGGACAGCUGGCAGUGCUGCACAUCUCAUUAUUUCUUGGGGCGCUAGGGUCGGGUGGAAUCCGACCCUGUGUGGUCGCGUUCGGAGCCGACCAGUUUGAUGAGUCGGACCCGAAGCAGACCACAAAAACAUGGUCUUAUUUCAACUGGUACUAUUUUGUAAUGGGUGCAGCUAUACUUGUGGCUGUGACCGUUCUUGUGUACAUUCAAGAUAAUGUUGGAUGGGGAUUGGGCCUUGGAAUCCCUACGGUUGCGAUGUUUCUCUCAAUCAUAGCUUUCAUUGUUGGAUACCCGCUUUACCGGAAUGUGAACCCGGCUGGGAGCCCGUUUACCCGGCUCAUGCAAGUAGCUGUGGCUGCAUUUCAUAAGAGGAAUGUGCCCAAUGUGCCAGACCCGAAUUUGCUGUACCAAAAUGAUGAAAUGGAUGCAUCUAUUUCAUUGGGUGGGAAACUUGUUCAUAGUGAACAGAUGAAAUUUCUGGACAAGGCAGCAAUUGUGACAGCAGAAGACAACAGCAAAACACCCAACAAAUGGAGACUAAACACAGUUCACAGAGUGGAGGAACUCAAGUCCAUAAUCAGAAUGGGACCUAUAUGGGCCUCAGGCAUCCUUCUAAUCACAGCCUAUGCUCAACAAGGCACAUUCUCCCUUCAACAAGCCAAAACCAUGGACAGACACAUCACCAAGUCCUUCCAAAUCCCAGCAGGCUCCAUGUCUGUUUUCACCAUCAUCACCAUGCUCACCACCACCGCCUUGUACGACCGAGUCUUGAUCCGUGUAGCCCGCAGGUUCACCGGGCUCGACCGGGGUAUCAGCUUCCUCCACCGCAUGGGAAUUGGGUUUGUGAUCUCAACUAUAGCCACCUUUGUUGCUGGAUUUGUCGAAAUGAAGCGAAAGAAUGUAGCUUUAGCCCAUGGGCUUAUUGAACACUCCCAUGAAACAAUCCCAAUCUCAGUGUUCUGGCUUGUGCCACAGUACAGCCUUCAUGGCUUAGCAGAGGCCUUCAUGUCCAUUGGGCACCUUGAGUUUUUCUAUGAUCAGGCACCAGAAAGCAUGACAAGCACUGCAAUGGCCUUUUUUUGGACUUCAAUUUCUCUUGGAAACUAUAUUAGCACAUUUCUAGUUUCCUUGGUCCACAAGUUUACUGCAGGGCCUGAUGGCUCAAAUUGGCUCCCUGAUACAAACCUCAACAAGGGGAGGUUGGAGUACUUUUACUGGCUCAUCACGCUUCUGCAGUUUAUCAACCUUAUUUACUACUUGUUUUGUGCGAAAUUCUACACCUACAAGCAAAUUCAGAUCCAUGACAGAGGGGAUAGCAGUUCAGAAGGGAACCACAUUGAGCUCGCUACGUCGGAAACAGUUUAAGUGCAAAUUUAUAUGGAUUUAGUAGUUUUUAGAGUUUUAGUUUCUCACUAUGUACUAUGUAGAAGGUAGGAGACUAUGUUACAUAAAUAAUUUUAUUACAAAACAACAGUAGAUUGAAGGAAUGUAUCUAUUAGCUUAAUGUUGCUAUGAAUAAACGAUUGUCACUAUGAAGAUUAAAACCAGAUUUAGAAUGAAUCUAAGAGAAGAGAAAAUGAAGAGUUUUCUGAUUGAA